CUUCGCGUAUCACUCUCCGUCAGCCUGUCACUCCCCUAUGCCUACCGGUAGUCCGAACGCCAUACCGGAGUUUUAUUAAGCUCUCCACCAUGAGUGCAAGGAUCACUCCAUAUGCAAUUGCAGUUCCCGCUACUGCCCUCGCAACACUCCAAAAAAAGCUCUCGCUAGCAAGUCUCCCUGGCGAGACCAGUCAAUCUGAAGAAUGGGAAUACGGCGCCCCACGAAACGACAUCAAGCGAUUAGUGGAGCAUUGGCAGACGAAGUUCGACUGGAGACACGCGGAAAGCGAGCUCAAUAAGCUCCCCCAAUUCACUACCAACAUCUCCGUGGAGGGACACGAAUCUCUUCAAAUCCAUUUUGUCCAUAAAAAAAGCAGCAGUCCGAAGAGCAUUCCUCUUUUGUUCUGCCACGGAUGGCCAGGCAGUUUCGUUGAAGUUGCUAAAAUCCUACCACUCCUUUCGGCUGGUGACGAUGAACCCUCAUUUCACGUUGUAGCCCCAUCUUUGCCAAAUUUCGGAUUCUCGCAACGUACGUCGAAAAUUGGGUUCGGCAUACGACAGCACGCAGAAGUAUGUCAUAAAUUGAUGAUUGAGCUUGGAUACAGUAAAUACGUCACUCAAGGCGGCGAUCUGGGGUUCUUUGUCACUCGAGCGAUGGGGGAACUAUACCCGGAGUCUAUUCUCGGUUCCCACUUGAACUUCAUCGUGACAAAGCCUCCAUCUCCGAUCUCGUCUCCCCUACUUAUUUUGCAGUACCUGACUGGUUGGCUCACUUCCCAUGAGAAGGAUGGACUGAAACGAACGCAAGAAUACAACGAUUCUGGAUCUGGGUAUCGGCAUAUCCAGCAAAGCAGACCGCAUACCAUUGGUUUUGCUCUCGCUGAUAGCCCUGUUGCGCUUCUUGCGUGGAUUUAUGAAAAACUUCACGAUUGGACUGACAACUACAGCUGGACAGACGACGAAGUGCUCACUUGGGUUAGCAUUUAUCUUUUCAGUUCUGCUGGUCCAGAGUCCAGCGUGCGAAUAUAUCAUGACCUCAUGAAUCCGAAGGCCGACAUCAACAUGGGCAUCCUGUUGAAGUACAACAAAGUUUCCUUGGGCAUCUCCUACUUCCCACGUGAUGUCGUAGUUCUUCCUAGUUCGUGGGGAAGAACCUUGGGCCCUGUAGUCUUUGAAAAACGGCACGCAGAGGGCGGACACUUUGCUGCGCACGAGAAGCCGGAACUAUUGGUGCAAGACAUCAAAGCGUUCGUUCAGAAGUUGAAUAUUUCUGCAACGCUGACAGGCAAAUAG